CCACCCACAUAUUUGUGUCAACCACCUUGCGCGUAUGGCGAGUAUGGCGGCCCAGGAGGCGUCUCGGCGAGUGCUCGGCCACAAGUUCGCCGCUCCGAGUCUCGCAUGAGAAGGAUGAGUCAACCACGGCCCAGGGCAAGAAGAAGAAGAAGAAGAGCAGCGCGGCCUUGAUGCGGACACAAGCCGGCCGGUCGGCGGCGUCCGGCUGACGGAGGAGCCGCCUUUAUCUCCUCUUCGCUUUCCAAGUUUAUAAAAAAGUCUCCCGGCACGGGGUGGGGAAGGAGCUCGGACGCCUGGAGGAAAAGUCGUAACUCCCCGCUUGUUGGAUUAAAUAAAACUUUUUUUAAUUGGAAGAUUUGGUGGCGAAAGUGCCGCCGAGAAGACGCAGACAACUGUUGACUUCCUCGGGCUGCCUUCAAAGAACCAGCGGCUAAGGCUAACUAGCCUGCGUGGCUACUUUGCACGCUGACAUAACUUUAAAUCACCACAAAGUCACUCCUACUCGAACUGGACUCCGUGCUUGAAUAGCAACUUGACUAUUUCAUCAACACAAUGUCAGAUUCCCGUGAAACACCCCAAAUUCCAUUAAUGCACGGUAAAAAGAGCCACACUGCAGUCGCACCCAUCUGCACCCCUGACACUCCGGGAGGAAGCCAAGGAAAAGGACUCCUCCUGUUUUCUCUCCUUUCAAACGCUUCAACUGUCGGACGCCGUGCGACCCAAUCCAGCUUGGCGCGGUCCCGGCUGCGGCCUGGCAUCCUGCCCUUAUGGGGCAGCAGCCGGGGAAGUUUGUAGGGGACCAGAGGAGACCCAGUCUGCCGGCCUUCAUCAAGGGGGUGAAGAGGGAGUCGACGCGCCACGGGACCCAGCCCUGCAAUGUGUUUGCUGUGCACGAAGCUCUCCAGAGGCCGGACUUAGAGGGUCAAGGUCUGAGCGAAGCGGCCCGCUGGAAUUCCAAAGAGAACCUGUUGGCCGGACCCAGCGAGAAUGACCCCAACCUGUUUGUGGCGCUCUACGACUUUGUGGCCAGUGGCGACAACACACUCAGCAUUACUAAAGGCGAGAAGCUGCGGGUGCUGGGCUACAACCACAAUGGGGAGUGGUGCGAGGCGCAGACCAAGAAUGGCCAGGGCUGGGUGCCGUCCAACUACAUCACCCCUGUCAACAGCCUGGAGAAGCACAGCUGGUACCACGGGCCCGUGUCGCGCAACGCCGCCGAGUACCUGCUCAGCUCGGGCAUUAACGGGAGCUUCCUGGUGCGCGAGAGCGAAAGCAGCCCCGGCCAGAGGUCUAUUUCCCUGCGCUACGAGGGCAGAGUCUACCACUACAGGAUCAACACCGCUUCGGACGGCAAGCUGUACGUCUCCUCGGAGAGCCGCUUCAACACGCUGGCCGAGCUGGUGCACCACCACUCCACUGUGGCCGAUGGCCUCAUCACCACGCUGCACUACCCGGCGCCCAAGCGCAACAAGCCCACCAUCUACGGCGUGUCGCCCAACUACGACAAGUGGGAGAUGGAGCGCACCGACAUCACCAUGAAGCACAAGCUGGGCGGGGGCCAGUACGGAGAGGUGUACGAGGGCGUGUGGAAGAAGUACAACCUCACUGUGGCCGUCAAGACGCUGAAGGAAGACACCAUGGAGGUGGAGGAGUUCCUUAAGGAGGCGGCUGUGAUGAAAGAAAUCAAACAUCCCAACCUGGUCCAACUCUUGGGUGUGUGCACGCGGGAGCCUCCGUUCUACAUCAUCACAGAGUUCAUGACGCACGGCAACCUGCUGGACUACCUGAGGGAGUGCAACAGGGAGGAGGUGAACGCCGUGGUGCUUCUCUACAUGGCCACACAGAUCUCCUCCGCCAUGGAGUACCUGGAGAAAAAGAACUUUAUACACAGGGACCUGGCCGCCCGCAACUGCCUGGUGGGGGAGAACCACCUGGUGAAGGUAGCCGACUUCGGCCUGAGCAGGCUGAUGACGGGGGACACCUACACAGCCCACGCUGGGGCCAAGUUCCCCAUCAAGUGGACGGCUCCAGAGAGUCUGGCCUACAACAAGUUCUCCAUCAAGUCUGACGUCUGGGCUUUCGGCGUGUUGCUGUGGGAGAUCGCCACCUACGGGAUGUCGCCGUACCCGGGCAUCGACCUGUCCCAGGUGUACGAGCUGCUGGAGAAGGACUACCGCAUGGACCGUCCCGAGGGAUGCCCGGAGAAAGUCUACGAGCUGAUGAGGGCCUGUUGGCAGUGGAACGCUUUAGAGCGACCGUCGUUUGCCGAAACCCACCAGGCCUUCGAGACCAUGUUCCAGGAGUCCAGCAUCUCAGACGAGGUGGAAAAGGAGCUGGGGAAGAAAGGCAAGAAGGUGACGCUGGGCCCCAUCCAGCAGGCCCCCGAGUUGCCCACCAAGACCAGGACCACCAAGUCCCUCCGCCUCCGAUGCAAAAACACGGACAACCGGGAUGGAGAUAGUCCAGACCCCCUGGACCAAGAGGCCGCGGUGUCGUCCCCCAUGCUGCCCAGGAAAGAGCGCCCCCUCCUGGACGGCAACCUGAAUGAGGACGACCGCCUGCUGCCCAAAGACAAGGACAAGACCCGAGGCAGCGGCUUCCUGAGCCUCAUCAAGAAGAAGAAGAAGAACGCGCCGGCUCCGCCCAAACGCAGCUCGUCUUUCCGAGAGAUGGACAUCCAUGCCGAGCGGCGGGGUCCGGAUACCCGGGAUGGCGACUGCGUUAACAACGGCGGGACUUCGAACGUCAACGACGGCACCCACGCACUGGACUCCUCCAGGUUCCUGGGUAACAACGGGGCUGGGGGCAUCACCAACGGAGCGCCCACUUACCCCGGGCCCUUGUUUCCCAGGAAGAAGGGGGCGCCUGCUGUGCCCGGACCUCUGGGCAAGGCAGAGGAUGAAGUCAUGACGAACUCCAAACGCUUUUUCUGGUCGUCGAGUCUCCCCGCCGGCUCGGACGGCACCGAGUGGCGGUCGGUCACGCUGCCGCGGGACCCGGGACAUCGCCACUUUGACUCCGGGACCUUUGGCGGGAAACCGGCUCUCCCCCGCAAGAGGACCGGCGAGAAAGGGGACACCGGCCCCCGGAUGGGAACUCUGACCCCGCCGCCUCGUCUGCCCAAAAAGACGGAGGAGACGGCGGAUUUGUCCAAAGACGCUGACAGUCCUGGAUCCAGUCCCCAGGCGCUGACCCCCAAAGUGGUCAGGAGGCCGGGGCUGGCAGGACUGGAGAACUCCAAGACCAGCGCUCUGCACGCCGAGCUCCUCAAGCCCAGCGUCUUCCCAGCUUUGGGGGCCGCCGGGGACGAGUGCAGGGCCCGCAGGAACAAGCACACCGUGGACUCUGUCCGAGAGAGGGGGAAGUUCCAGAAACCCAAGCCGGCUCCCCCUCCGCCGCCUGCCAACGCCAAGACAGGCAGGAGCUCCCGCAGCCCCACCCAGGACCUCCCCUCCCCCUCAUCAGAAAGCCGAGUCAAAGGCCUCCCGUCCGCCUCCGACCCCCAAGCAGCCAGCGACGCCCCCAAGAAGCUUCCCCUGGGCUGCAACUCCAAACCUCAACCGCUCAAGACCUCCACCUCGCUGAACAGCUCCCUGGGGGGCGAGGCGGGCCCGCCCACCGCCUUCAUCCCCCUGGUGAACACCCGCCGCUCCCUCCGCAAGACGGCGCCGCGCCAGGCCUCGGAACGCACGCCCAACUCGGCGGUGACGCGCCAGAUGGUGCUGGAGGGCGCCGAGCGGCUGCGCGCCGCCAUCGGCCGCAACUCGGAGCAGACGGGCAGCCACAGCGCCGUGCUGGAGGCCGGCAAGAACCUGUCCAAGUACUGCGUGAGCUACGUGGACUCCAUCCAGCAGAUGAGGAACAAGUUCGCCUUCCGCGAGGCCAUCAACAAGCUGGAGAGCAGCCUGCGCGAGCUGCAGAUCUGCCCCGCCGCCUCCGGGGGCGCCAACGCGCAGCAGGACUUCAGUAAGCUCCUGUCCUCCCUUAAAGAGAUCAGCGACAUCGUUCAGAGGUAGCGUAGUUCUCUCCUCGCAAAUGAACUGAACCGGGGGAGGGGGGAAGGGGGGGCAUUAACUGUGCUUCCUGUCAGGGUCCUGUUGGCGAGCCCAGGCUGACGAGCCCAACUGACAGAAGCCGAGGACGGCGCAAGUCACGCCAAACUAUGAACGAGCAACGUGCUCAACGUCACGCUUGAAAGAAUGGUGCCCCAUUUUUCCCUCAUUUUGGUUGCGUUCACACUUGUGCUUCAAUUGAGGGAAGUUUCACGCCGGUGUUUUUGUCAUGUGACCCAACGACCACAAGCCUUGUUUCAAUGAAGCCUGUUCGGUGCACCGUACAUAGUUCUUUUUAAGAAAACAUGACAAAUGUGAACGCACCAGAAGUUAAAAAACGUGCCUUUUAAUUCAUAGUCCCAACAUUUUCUUCAGUCUGUGCACCCAUUAAGUAUUUUCUAUCUUCUGUGUGAAUGUGUUGAUGUUUUCCAAUGUGGUCGUUGCAGUAAUUGCGACCACCUGGCCAUACCCAAACGAGAGCAGGUAAGUUUGUGUGCCUUAAAGACUUUUUUUUUUUCCCCACCCAUACCAAAAAAAAAAAAUCCCCAAUAUUUACCAGGGAGGGACCAUAAAGACAGGAAAAAAAAAUCAACUUUUUUUUCCGACUGAUUUUUUUUUUUUGUACAUGCCAUUUGAUAAAAAGCCAUCAGUAGCAGCUUGAAGAGAUGACAGACUGAAAGUGUUGUAAGCAAAUGUCUCCUUGGGGAAACACUGGACUGAAUGUUUGAUGGAUCUGUCACUUGCUGUUUUCAAUUCUACGUGUGUGUGUGUGUGUGAUUGUGAAGCCCGAGGACUCCAAAACCACAAUUUGGAUGUGGUAUCGUCACUUUUUUUGUCCCCAUUCUGCCACCAUGCCACUACUCCUCAUCCUCCUUGUAAAUAGGAUUUCUUAUCCUUUCUUUAGCCUCGUGCAAUUGUUGUUGCAAUAAAAUGACAAACAAAUAGUG